CUUCAGAGAUAAUAUAAUUGAAUCAGACCUUAUCUUGAGAUGUAAUUAAAGAUCAUAGUGGCCUUGCUCAAGUCAGACUUCUUUGUUUAAAUCAUCAUUUCUUUAAUUUGUCCUAUCUCUUAAGAUGAAAUUGUGAUACUGAUGAACACGCAGGCAGGGCAGGGAACUCUCUCCCUAAAGCUAGUUAUUGAGGUGGGAGAAUCACCUUGCCAAGUAUCCUGUAAAACAUCCCAUACUACUAAAUGUAGAACUUGUGCAUCCCAUAUUACCUUGGUUUCCAUCAAUUGAUCACCCUCCGAGAGCUGGUUCCUCAACAACUACAUUUUGCAAUACUUCAUUCAACUUCCUUGUUGGUCAAAACCCUUCGCAGGGAGCCUUUUUUAAAGUCGCCGACCAUUUACUUUAAUACCAGUUAAUGGACACUGGUGGUGUGAGAACUCUCCCAUAUAUCAAGGAAGAUUUUUUCAUCGACCUGUCUUAACAUCUAAUUCUGGAAGAUGUACCAACAAAACCAAGGACCAGGCUCUUCAAAUCCAUCGAGUGUUCCAGCGAAGCGGAAACGUGGGCGACCCCGCAAAGAAGGAAGCACAGUUCAGGCAGACAUCACGCCUGUAAGAAGUGUCCCUGACAAUGUGAUCAUUCCCACCCAAACAGCGGGCACAACUGGUUGUGCCAAUGAGGAAAUGCUAGGGAAGGUGGUUACUGGUGUCAUUGAGGGUUGUUUUGGUGGUGGGUACCUCCUUAAUGUUCGGAUAGGAGACUCUCCAACCUAUUUACGAGGUGUCGUAUUUCAACCAGGGCAAUAUGUUCCUGUUACUCCUGAAAAUGAUGUGGCUCCUCAUCUUGAAAUGAUGCAAAGGAAAGAUUUUCCAAUUCCAGUUCUUAACCCACAGGCUCAGAUGCAAAGUUCUAUUCCCCCAUCAGGUCAAGGUAGCAAACAACCCGUUGAGUCGCAACCUCUGGUGCCUAUCUCUAAAGACCAAGUACUUCCGACUGACAUCCAUUCUGGAGCCUCAGUUUCACUCGAGAAUCAAUCUGCGUCUGUUCUAGUACCCGUGACUAACAUUCCAACAAGUGACUCAUCCAUUCCCGCGGGAGGAAUAGCACAGGCUUUAUCAGAUCCUGGGCAUGGGAGUCAAUCUGCAUCAAUCAUGAAGAUGGAGUGUGACAAAAUUGUUGAACAGAAUGCGAACAAACUUAAUACAUGCAGACAGGUACCAGAAACCGGUGCAGAUGGGGGAACAGAAAAGGAUUCUAAGCCAACAGCUGAAGACACCCACUUGCUUCCAGUGAUUGAAAACAUUGACAAGGAGCUGCAAACUGGACAGCAGGCUGGAAGUUCUGUCCAGCUGAAUGAACAGGUACAGGAUUUACCAAAGGCUUCAAACGUUGAACUCAACCUAAUGCCUGCACCUGCUGGGCUUGAGCCCAUACAAUCUGAGGAGAUUGAGGAUGAACCAAAGAACUUUAAUGUUGAAGUCAGCCAAACUCUUGUGUCUGCUGUACCUGAACCCAUGCAAACUGAACGGAUUCAGGAUGAAUCUAAGAGCUUCAAUAUUGAAGUCAACCAACUGCCUGUAUCUGCUGAACCUGAAGCAAUGCAAUCUCAACAGAUUCAUGAAGAACCAAAGAACGCGAAUAUGGAACUCAACAAAAUGCCUGUAUCUGCUGAUCGUGAAAACGUUCAGUCUGUUGACAAGCUUGAGGAUAAACCUGACUCUCGAAAGCCUGUAAUUGGAAGAGAUGCUGUCCCAUCCGACUCCAGAUUUGGCUCUGAAGGAUCCGGUUUGCCAGAGAACAGUGAUUCCCAGAGCCAUGGUCAUACACGUGAGACUACUAAGGAAGAUGACGUUCAACCUUCAGGUGAGACUUAAGUCGGUGGAACCUGAAAACCCCAUUGGACCGCACAUUGUCUGAAAACUAUGGCUGAAAAUGAUCGAAGACAAUUGGCAUUGUAAGGAAAACAGAAGUGUGAGCCCGGAAUAAAUCACUAAUGCUUGUACCCUGAUAGUGUUAGUGGUAUGGAGUAGGCAUUUAGCUUUAGUUUCAUAGUUAUUAUCAAAUCUCUUGUACAGUUGGCUUAUCAUUUGGUUUACUCAGUUUUGACUUCCAUGUUGGAAGACUUCGCGUUUUUUAAUUUUCCUUCCCCGGUGAUGUUUGCUGUUUCUUGUUGGUUUUUCUUGUCAGAGGAAAACGUACGAUGUUUUGGAUCAAUGACUGAUCUAUAGAUGAUAGGACUUAAGAAGUGAGAACAGUCGAGAUAUGCAUUGUUUCCCAAGUUGGAUGAUGUUUUGAUAGGAUCUCUCUCGUA